UUGUUUGCUUCUUGCUCUUGAUCAUCAGCUAUUUAGAGCAGCGCGAGCUUGCAAUUGAGUGCCAGUGUCAGUUGCUUAUUUAGUCAGUACUCAACGUUUGACAAGUGCAGAGCGCAAAAUCUCGAAGUUUUCUACUAAAAACGAGCACACCUAUAAAAAAAAAAUGUCCAGAAUUGUGAGGAAAUUAAUUAGCACCAACAAUGCGGCCAAACCAGUAGCGCCAUAUAAUCAAGCUGUCGUUGCUGAUCGUACUGUCUAUGUAUCCGGCUGUUUGGGCUUGGACAAAGACACUAUUAAACUGGUGCCUGGCGGUGUAGAGCAGCAAACCGAGGCGGCCUUGAAAAACUUGGUUGCCACUCUGGAGGCCGCCGGCUCUGGCGUUGACAAAGUGAUCAAAAAUACAAUUUAUGUAAAGGAUCUAAAUGACUUUGGUGUGGUCAAUGAGGUUUACAAGAGAGGUGAGUGGCUUCCAUGGUAUUGGUUUUUAUUUUUUUUGCAUUU